AGAUGCUAACAAAAGUAACACCAUUUUAUAAACAAUACUUUUGUGCUGUUGGAGUCAAUACCACAGAGCCAGGCCCAAUCCUGGAUUAAACUUGAUGGCUCUGAGAGCGAUGAUCCACGCCAAGUGUCCCGUCCUUAGACAGAGACUGGCCCAGCAGGCCCUGCACCAGGCACUGGGCCACAGAUAACACUUCUGGAGUUUCCUUACAGAGAACAAUCUGUAAUGACGCCUAGGCAACAGCCCAGUGUGUAGCUUUGUGCGUUUGGCAGGGUGCAAAAGGUGAUGGUGGAGUAUUCCAGAGAGACACUGCUGGAGACAGCAGCUCUGUGAAGAUAAACCAUGAUCCCGAUCACUGAGCUGCGGUACUUUGUGGACACACAGCCAGCGUACCGCAUCCUGAAGCCAUGGUGGGACGUGUUCACCGACUACAUCUCCAUUGUCAUGCUGAUGAUCUCUGUGUUUGGGGGAACACUGCAGGUCACACAGGACAAAAUGAUUUGCCUGCCUUGUAAAUGGGUGGUCAAUCAGACUUGCAGGAGGUCAUUCAAUUCUUCAUUUUCCACACCAGUAAUUUUGGAACCCAGGGGAAUUCAAUAUGAUCUGGAUCGUCACCAAUACAACUAUGUGGACGCUGUGUGUUAUGAGAACAGACUGCACUGGUUUGCUAAAUACUUUCCUUACUUAGUAUUACUCCAUACGCUCAUUUUCCUCGCUUGCAGCAAUUUUUGGUUUAAAUUUCCAAGGACUAGCUCUAAACUAGAGCACUUUGUAUCCAUACUGCUCAAAUGCUUUGACUCUCCCUGGACAACUAGGGCACUUUCUGAAACUGUGGUUGAAGAGAGUGACCCCAAACCCAUGAAAAUGAACGGCUCAGUGGAUCACAAAGCAUCUGUCAUCAGCGAGGACGUAGAAGCAAGUGUUCCUAUGCUGCAGAGGACUAAAACACGCUUUGAGCAGGGCAUCGUAGAUCGAACUGAGACUGGAGUUUUGGACAAAAAGGAGGGGGAGCAGGCAAAAGCCUUGUUUGAAAAAGUGAAGAAGUUUCGUAUCCAUGUGGAAGAAGGAGACAUUGUGUACAGGCUGUACAUUCGUCAGACUAUUAUUAAGGUCAUCAAGUUUGUUUUGAUCAUCUGCUACACAGGGUAUUAUGUGCAUGAUAUUAAAUUUAGUGUUGACUGUUCGGUGGACAUUGAGAGCUUGACCGGUUACAGGAUGUAUCGUUGUGCACAUCCCCUGGCGACACUUUUUAAGAUCUUAGCCUGUUUCUACAUUAGCUUAGUGGUAGUGUAUGGCCUAAUCUGCAUGUAUACUCUUUUCUGGAUGCUGCGCCGCUCCCUAAAGAAAUAUUCCUUUGAAUCCAUACGUGAAGAGAGCAGCUAUAGUGACAUACCUGAUGUAAAGAAUGACUUUGCAUUUAUGUUGCACAUGAUUGACCAGUAUGAUCCUCUGUACUCCAAGCGCUUCGCUGUGUUUCUGUCUGAGGUCAGCGAGAACAAACUGAGGCAGCUCAACCUCAACAACGAGUGGACGCUGGAUAAGCUCAGGCAGAGGAUCACCAAGAAUUCUCAGGACAAGCUGGAGUUGCACCUUUUUAUGCUCAGUGGUAUUCCCGACACAGUGUUUGACUUAAUGGAAUUAGAGGUCCUUAAAUUAGAGCUUAUUCCAGAUGUAACUAUUCCUCCAAUUAUCGCACAACUCAUCAACCUACGGGAGAUGUGGCUCUACCACACACCAGCCAAGAUCGAGGCCCCUGCACUAGCUUUUCUGCGAGAGAAUUUAAAGUCUUUGCACAUAAAGUUCACUGACAUCAAAGAAAUCCCACUGUGGAUUUAUAGUUUGAAGAACCUGAGUGAACUGCACUUGACGGGGAAUCUCAGCUCGGAGAACAAUCGCUACAUUGUGAUUGAUGGACUUCGCGAGCUUAAGAGGCUCAAAGUCCUAAGACUAAAGAGCAAUCUGACAAAGCUACCUCAAGUGGUGACGGACGUAGGCCUACACCUCCAGAAGCUGUCCAUCAAUAACGAGGGAACCAAGCUCAUGGUCCUGAAUAGUCUGAAAAAGAUGGUCAACCUCUCAGAGCUGGAGCUCAUUCGCUGUGAUCUAGAGCGCAUCCCACAUUCAAUUUUUAGUUUGCACAAUUUGCAGGAAUUGGAUCUGAAAGACAACAACCUAAAGACUAUAGAGGAGAUAAUCAGUUUUCAGCAUCUUCACCGCCUGGUCUGCCUUAAGCUCUGGUACAACCAGAUAGCCUACAUCCCCAUCCAGAUUGGAGCACUCACCAACCUGGAGAAAGUUUACCUGAACAGGAACAAAAUUGAGAAAAUUCCAAGCCAACUGUUCUACUGCCGCAAGCUGCGCUUCCUGGACCUGAGCCAUAACAACUUAGAAAAUAUUCCAGCAGACAUCGGCUUCCUCCAAAACCUCCAGUACCUGGCAGUGACCGCAAACAGAAUUGAGAAUCUACCCAACGAGCUGUUUCAGUGUAAAAAGCUACGCACUUUGAACUUGGGAAACAAUUGCCUGCACUCUCUGCCCUCGCGGUUUGGAGAGCUGAGCGCGCUCACACAACUCGAGCUCCGAGCCAACCGUCUGGAGUGUCUGCCUGUGGAGCUGGGCGAGUGCCGGCAACUGAAGAGGAGCGGGCUGGUGGUGGAGGAGGACCUCUUCAACACUCUGCCUACAGAGGUCAAAGAGCAGCUGUGGAAGGCCGACAAAGAGCCGGCCUGAGCACGUGGACAAGACUACAGACUAACCCACAGGUAUUAACCUGUAAUGUGUGUGAGUCACAGGAGGAAGGGCAUCUGACACACUUCAGUCUGGAGCUAUGGAUGCCAGGUUGGUGAAACCAAACCUGAUCCAUGGUGUUAUUCUUUUAUGCCAAAACACGAAGGUCAGAUAUUACAUCAUGACACAACACAUAAUUAUUCCACCUUACAAACAUUAAUGAGGACUUCCUUAUAAGGGACCUCAUGUCACGUGCAGAGAUAAAAAUACAGCAGUAGUCAGGUUAUUUUUACUGAAUUAUUGCCUACUGGGUGGUCCCAUUUGGUUGUCUUUUAACAUUUAUUUUGCUUUUUGGGGAAGAAAAAUCUUGUCAACAUCUGAAAAAAAACAUACAUAGAUUUAUAUACUAAAAAUAGCACUAAUGCAACCAGACGUUGCAGUGCUUUUAAUAGUUUUUACGCUCCAUUUGAAUUGAUUUAAAUUACACUAUUUAUAAUGACACUAAAAUACUGUGACAUUAGCAAGGCUGUGAAAUAAAGAAAUGAGGACUCGCCUUACAUCACAACUUAGUAUUAAACUUUCUUGUUAUUUAAAAUUUGGGACAUCCUUUUAUCAACUGUCUUCAGACAAAAUGCAUCUGCACCUCAGGCAUAAUUCACAUGUGCACAUUCACUUUCUGUUUCUCUUUUCAGGAGUACAAUAAAAGGAGUACAAACAAUAAGCAAAAUAGGUUCUGUCUUGAAUAUGCCCCAGUUAUUGACAGUGAUGUUUUAUAUUUUACAUCCUGAGACUUUGGGAUUCAGCGAUUAAUGGAACAUGUUUUUGUCUGUGUGAACCCUCAGUCGUUCAGGUCUGAUCCAUCGUAAAAAACAAAGUUAAAUCUGUCACUGGACAAAAAGUUGUAGGAGUGAAGACGUUUGGCUGCUCGUCCAAGACGCUUCUUCAGUUCUGGUCAGAUUACUGCUGGACACUGCCUUAUAUUUGUCUGAAGGAGGAGAUAACUACAGUGAAACUGUAAACAGCUGUAGUUUACAGUUUCAUCCUUAAUGGGCCUACAUUCAGCAUUCACUUUUUGUCCCGUUGGCAGAUUUAACUUUGUUUUUUAUGAUGAAACAUGUUUUUGUUGUUGUUUAUUUCAGAUGAAUGCAAAACUUAGAUUUGCACUUUUCCAGUUUGCAAAUAGUGUAAUACAGUAUUACGUACUUUAAAGUAAUGUGACUUUUGGGCAUUUUUGACUCCUCUUUGGGCAUUCAACUUUUUCAUGUAUUUAAUGAUGCAUUUUUUAUGUGUUAAUACGAAGGUGACAGUGUUUUUCAUUGUUUGAACUGUUCAAGGGAACUAAAAGGAUCUCAGUCCAUCAGCAAUAUCCUACCAAAGACAAUCAUAUUUUCUUUGUCAACCGUGUUAGAGAAAAUUGUACAUGUAUUUACAAAAACAUUAGUCGGCUCCUUGACAGUGUUUUAAAACUUAUUUUAUUGUAUUUUGUAAACAUGCAUGUGUUUAUAUUUACCGUAUAAUUCUCAGGAAAUCUGACUCACUUUUUGCAUUUAAUUAAUGUUUUGUGUUUUUUCUUCAUUUAAACUAAUACAAUAUUUAUAAGUUUUUGUAUUUUGUUUUUACACAAAGACUGAUUUUGAAUAAUUUUAUUAUUGAACCACUUGAAAUACCCUUAAUUUGUGUUUUGUGUAGCUUACUUGUUGUAUUAGUUGAAUUGUACUGUUAUUAUUAUAUGUAAUGUUAUUAUAUGUAAUAUUAGCUGUGUCAUAAUAGGCCCACGUGUGGCCAGUUUGUAAAUAGUUUCUCUUUUACACAUAUUGUGUCAUUCCUCUUUUCUUUGGUACUGAUUGUAGCUGCCGAUUUUAAAAUGUCAUGUACUCCAGUGUUACACUUGGCCAUGUACUUUUUCUGUCACUCUAUCUAAUGUUUGCCAAACACCUGAGUUGGUCAGUGCUCCAUCAAUAAACAGUAUUCAGCU